UUCUAUCACAUGACACACAUCUGAAAGUUUUUGACUUUUUUUCUGUGGAACGCAAACUAUAUAAACCCAAUCUAAACUCAGUGGUUUCAUGCAAUAACUAUCAUACACAAAUCAAAGUGAAAGAGAGAAAAUUAAGACACACUGCCAAAAAAAAAAAAAAAAAAAAAAAGAGAGAGAGAGAGAAAGAUGAGAAGCUAUCAGACAAUGCUAAACAAUGGUGAAACUCUACCCAUUAUGGGUAUGGGUACAUAUUCUGGCGAAAACGAUAGAGAAACAACUGAGAGAGCCAUUAGAACGGCGAUCAAGAUGGGGUACAGACAUUUUGAUACAGCCAAAAUAUACGGUUCUGAGCAGGCUGUGAGCAAUGCAUUAAGACGAGCAAUUUCUGAUGGUUUAGUUGAGAGGGAAGACAUUCAUAUCACCUCUAAACUUUGGUCAAGUGACCACCAUGAUCCUGUUUCUGCCCUUCACCAAACUCUACAGAGGUUAGGGAUGGAAUACUUAGACAUGUAUUUAGUGCAUUGGCCAGUGGCUUUGAAGCCAUGGGUGGACUAUCCAAUUCCCGCAGAAGAAGACUUUGAGGAAUUUGACAUGGAGAAUACUUGGUCUGGCAUGGAGAGGUGCUUAGAUAUGGGCUUGUGUAGGUCUAUCGGCGUCAGCAAUUUUUCUUCCACUAAAAUUGAAGAACUGCUUGAUUUUGCUUGUGUCACUGCUGCUGUCAAUCAGGUGGAAAUGCAUCCAAUGUGGAGGCAAAGAAAGCUGAGGUCAGUAUGUAGGGAGUAUGGGAUUCAUGUAAGUGCAUAUUCGCCUUUAGAUGGACCCGGUAACGCCUGGGGAACUACUGCUGUGGUUGAUCAUCCUAUCAUCCAAUCCAUUGCCCUCAAGCAUAAUGCAACUCCAGCACAAGUUGCUUUGCGAUGGGGCUUGUCUCAAGGAUCAAGCGUUAUUGUGAAGAGCUUCAAUCCAAGAAGAAUGAAAGAGAAUAUCGGGGCCCUUUAUUUGAAAUUAGACGAACGGGAUUUACUAGACAUAAACAAAAUGGAGGAGAGGAAAAUCAUGAGGGGAGAGUGGCUAUCCAAUGAUACUACAAGCUCUUACAGAACUAUUGAGGAGCUCUGGGAUGGCGAGAUUUAAUACUCUUUGAAAUUGGCCUUUAGUUUUGGCUAACUCUAAAACUGUAUAGAUGGAACAUUAAUAUACUCACUAGCUAGUUGCAUAAAAAUAUUGAUAAAA